CUCUCCCACUCCCCCCGCCCCUCAUCUCCAGUCAGGGUAACAACAUUUCCCCUGGAAUCCUCGCGGCAAAAACUUCACCGAGUCUCUGCACCUCAGAGCACCGACAUGGAUGCACUCAGGUCGGCUGGGAGAGCCAUUAUCCGGAGCCCGAGCAAGGCGAAGCAGUCGUGGACCUCCGGCAGACACAGAAAGCUUCCAGAGAACUGGACAGAUACACGGGAGACCAUUUUAGAGGGGAUGACCUUCAACCUCCGGCACCUAGGCAUGACACUUGUGGAUCAACCCAAGGGAGAGGAGCUGUCGGCGGCCGCUGUGAAGAGGAUCGUUGCUACGACUAAAGCCAGUGGGAAGAAGCCCCAGAAGGUUGCCCUGAAGGUUUCCCCUCAAGGGAUCGUGGUGCUGGACAGGUCUACCAAUAAACUCCUGGAAAGCGUCUCUAUAUAUAGGAUAUCCUACUGUACGGUGGACAAGCUGCAUGACAAAGUGUUUGCUUACAUCGCUCAGAACACCCUCAAUGGGGCCCUGGAGUGCCACGCUUACCUCUGCUCCAAGAGAAAAGUGGCGCAGGCAGUAGCCCUGACAGUCGCCCAGGCCUUCACAGUAGCCUUUGAGCUCUGGCAGGUGGCGAAGGAAGGUAAAGGUGUGAGAGUCAAGUCUGGUUCUGCGGGAGAGGGCAGCAGCAGUUCCCACUCAGAAAGGUCCAACAGUCUGGGGAGUCUGAAAGGAACAGAUGCAGCCACAGAAAUCCUUUUGGACUUGGAGGAUGGUGUGAAGGUGUUGGUGGAGAGUAGUGGGAAUACAGGCGGCGAUCAGCUGGAUACAGACAGGCCUUCAGAGACCAACAACAAUCCUGCAUCGGUACGAUCUUCUCUGACUUGUUUCUGUUUCACAGACUGAACAAGUUAUCAGAUA